AUGUCAACUUUACUCAAGGCUCAGACUGAAAACGCGGCUAAGGCUGGUGCGAAGGGCAAGGGCAAACGCAAAGCGGAGGCUAUGGAUGUCGAGGAGGAGGACGCACUUGCGAGCGCGCCUGUGGCGAAAAAGCAGAAAAAUAAGCAGCGCGUCCUGAUGCUCUCAUCCCGCGGUGUCACCCACCGCAUGCGUCACUUAAUGGGAGAUAUCGAGGCGUUACUACCGCACGUCAAAAAGGAUUCGAAGCUCGACUCCAAAAACCAGCUUUCGCUCUUACCCGAACUCGCCGACCUCAACAACUGUAACAACACCCUGUACUUUGAGGCACGGAGGCAUGAAGACUUGUAUAUGUGGGCAGCCAAGACGCCAAACGGGCCCAGCGUAAAGCUGCACGUUCAAAAUAUUCACACCAUGGACGAAUUGAAGAUGACGGGGAACUGCUUGAAAGGGUCUCGAGGCGUUCUCAGCUUUGACGCUGCAUUUGACGAGACAGAGUGGGGUAAACUCAUAAAGGAGAUGUUUACGCAUAUAUUUGGUGUUCCCCCGACAGCUAGAAGGGCAAAGCCGUUCGUCGACCAUAUCCUCACAUUUUCCUUGCUCGACAACAAGAUCUGGUUCCGCAAUUUCCAAAUCAUUGAGAAGGACCCUUUACAAUCCAAUGGUCCUCCGCAGACCAGCCUGGUGGAGAUUGGCCCUCGCUUCGUUAUGACGCCUAUCCGUAUCUUCGAAGGUGCUUUUGGUGGAGCGACUGUUUUCGCGAAUCCAGAAUUCGUGCCUCCUGCUGUUGUCCGGUCUGCGACGCGCCGCGAGAAAGGAGACCGUUACCGCGAGCGCAAGCUCGCACAGGCAGAACGCGCGGGGCGCAAGGAGAAACGGGUGCUUCCGGAGGACGAGCUGGCUGUUUCAAAGGUCUUUGCGUAG